UUUUUUCGCAAACACGUGGCAUUUUACAUUAUUAAUUCGUACUCUCUUCGGCAUUAAUUCGCUUACUAACUUUCAAUUCGUUAAUUUACCAUUUCACAGUCAACAUUUUUAUUUUGUUGAAGUUCACAAAAAAAAAAACGUGAAUCCAACAUUGCAUAGAUGGAUCAGAUGGAUGUUUCUCUCAGAUCAGCUGUGAGCUGUGAUCAGCUGUUUGGCCACAUCGCGGAUCGCCGUAUCCUUGAACGAACGAACGAAUAAAUGUGGCGGCGACGCGAUAACAAAGCAAUUAAAAGUAGAUCGUAUCGAUAUGAUAACGCUUGCCUCGAAUCGACAGUGGAGUCGCGGUUGAAACGUUGCCGAGUGAUAUUUUAUUCACAGUUAUGAGAAUUUUACGAUUGGUAUAAGUAUCUAUAGAACAUAUAACACGAUGGUACGACAAGUUUUUAUUGGUCCAUUGAUUCAUACAAAUGAAAAUGAAGAAUUGAUUAUUAAGAAGAACGUUGCUGUAUUUAUUGAGGAUGGCAAGAUUAUUAAUGUUGCGGAGAAUCCAUCAACAAAUCGACAGAGGAUAGAUGAUUUUGUCGCAGACUUUUGUGCAAAUGAAGUUAAUGUUUUAUCACUUGGACAGUUUAUGACGCCCGGAUUUAUCGACGGCCAUACUCAUCCAGUCCAGUUUCCGAAUCUUGGACUGGGUUAUGGCAAACAUCUCUUAGACUGGCUGGAGACCUAUACCUUUCCGCUGGAGAGACAGUAUAUUGAUACAAAAUUUGCAGAGCGAGUGUUUGAGGCAGUUGUGAAACGGACUAUCGAAAUGGGCACAACAACGGCGUGCUACUUUGCAUCUUUAUAUGCCGAGGCGUCUGUGAUCCUCGCGGAAAAAACUGCGAAGCUGGGUCAACGAGCUUUCAUCGGGAAAGUGAACAUGAACGCUCCGCGUGACGAUGGAUAUUGCGAAAGCACCGAGAAGUCAAUUAAGAACACUCUGGCUUUCAUAAAGUCUAUUGAGCAAAUAGGGAAUCCACUUGUGAAGCCGAUCGUCACGCCUAGAUUCGCGUUGAGCUGCGACAUGGAAUUAAUGCGAGAGCUGGCAAAGAUCGCCAAGGCGAGAGACUUGCAUAUACAGACUCAUGUCUCUGAAAAUAAGGACGAGAUAAUAGCAGUGAAACGAGCUUAUCCAGACCAGCCUUCGUAUGCAGCUGUGUAUGAUUCUGCUGGUCUUCUUACUAGUAAGACAGUUUUAGCGCACGGAGUUUAUCUCGGAGACAGCGAACUUGCUAUUAUCAAAGAACGAGGAACAGCUGUAAUUCACUGUCCCUCUUCAAAUACAAAUCUGAAAAGCGGCCUUUGCGACGUGCAGAGACUAAAGACUAACGGUAUCAAGGUCGGACUUGGAACAGAUGUUUCUGGUGGAGCCAGUUACAGUAUGUUGAACGAGAUGAGAUCGGUUUUACAAGUAUCAAAUUGUCUAUCUUUAACGAGAGACAAUUAUACGCCGCUUAGUUACAAAGACGUCUUCCAUAUGGCAACAUUGGGAGGUGCCAAAGCACUCUCAAUUGAGGACAAAGUCGGUAAUUUGGCGCCAGGCAAACAAUUCGAUGCUCUCAUAAUUGACUUGAACGCAAAAGACAGCUUGUUGGAUAAUUUCAAAGAAUACACGCUUGAGGAGAACUUUCAGAGAUUUAUAUACGCCGGUGAUGAACGUAAUAUAGUAUCAGUAUAUGUAAAUGGUAGGAAAGUUAAAUAAGAUGCUUUCCUACCGUUUACAUAUAAAAUAUUUUCAAAUAUUUUUACAAUGUUUUACAAUUUGUGUAAAAAAUCUUUAUCUUCGUACAGUG